AUGGCUGCUGCUGGUUCCAAGCUGAGCGAUGCUCUCCCUGCCCCAGUUGUUCCUGCUCCACAGCAGAUGAGCGCCCUCGAUCUCUAUGCUAGAUUCGCCUUUGCUGGUGCUGUCUGCUGUUCCGUCACCCAUGGAGCCCUCACCCCCGUCGAUGUCGUCAAGACCAAGAUCCAGCUCGACCCCGUCACCUAUAACAGAGGCAUGUUUGGUGGUUUCCGCCAGGUCAUUCAGAAUGAAGGUGCCGCUGCUCUCAUGACCGGAUUUGGCCCAACUGCCGCCGGUUACUUCCUCCAGGGAGCCUUCAAGUUCGGAGGUUACGAGUUCUUCAAGAAGCAAUGGAUCAACGCCCUCGGCUACGAGACCGCCCGGGAAAACAGAACCGCCGUCUACCUCGCUUCUUCUGCCGCCGCUGAGUUCUUCGCUGAUAUCGCCCUCUGCCCACUUGAGGCCACCCGUAUCCGUCUCGUCUCCGAGCCAACCUUUGCUAGCGGUCUGUUGAGCGGAUUCGGCAAGAUCUUGAAGAACGAGGGUGUUGGUGCCUUCUACUCUGGAUUUGGCCCAAUUCUCUUCAAGCAGAUCCCAUACACCAUGGCCAAGUUCGUCGUCUUCGAGAAGGUCUCCGAAUUCGCCUACACUAAGAUCGACAAGGAUUCUCUAUCCGACGGUGCCAAGACCGGCGUCAACCUUGGUUCUGGCCUCCUUGCUGGUUUCGCCGCUGCCAUCAUCUCCCAGCCCGCUGACACCAUGUUGUCCAAGAUCAACAAAACCAAGGGUGCCCCUGGUGAAGGAACCGCCACCCGCCUCGUCAAGAUCGCUAAGGAGCUUGGUCUCCGCGGCUCUUUCGGUGGUCUCGGAACUCGUCUCUUCCUCGUUGGUUCUAUUACCGCCGGUCAAUUCGCUAUCUAUGGUGACAUCAAGAGAAUCCUCAAUGCCACUGGUGGUGUUGAAUUGAAAUAA